CAUUGAAACAGAAGAAACGCUUUAAAUGUGUGCACGCGUCCAUUCGGAAUUUUCCUUUACAGUCAACACUAAAUGCUCUGAAUCAUCAUAAUUUUUUCAUUAAAUAUAGAGAUCUAGAUUAUAGGCCUAAUAUUAAUUUAAUUAUAGUCACAACUUUGGAUAAAUGCUAAAUGGAACUAAGAAUAAAAUCUACAGUAGGCUACUAGACUAUAUAUAUCUAGAUCAACAUAUAUACUUUGAAUUACACCGAGGAACAAAGAAACACACAUUUAAAUAACAACGAGAAUGGCCAGCCCCGAAAGCUUCCUAGCCAGAUCGGGUAUUCUUCCCGGGCGCAAAAGCCGUGUUCCGAGCUUGCUUCAAGAAAUUCAGAUGGACAUUGUCAAGAUAAAAAGAGUUUCAAGCGACACUUUGGCGUCCCCGAUGCUUCGGUAUGAAAAACGUAGUAACAUGAAACCUCAGUUAGUUCUGACCUCAAAACUAGCAAACAAGUCAGCACAGAAUGACGUUCUAGGGAAGACAUCACUUGGGAAGACAUCACUUGGGAAGACGUCAUCACUGAGCCUCACUGAAAGUAAACGUGUGCUAAGCAAACAACAUUUAGACAAUCAAACAACUCAUGGAUUUCGAUAUCAUUCAAAUGGCGAUGAACGUUUACCAACUAGACGCUCAGAAACUAUAGAUUUGUCUCGUGCAAACAGAUAUUUCCCCAAGUUUCCAUCUGAUGGGAAAAGAGAUAUUUAUUUGGAUAGCCGGAUCAUUUCUGAAUACAUGCAGAACAGCUAUAGCGUUCCAAAGUUCAACAGAACAUCUAAAAAUCCGUCGAAUUCUGUGAUUGAUGACUUUGAACAAUGUUACAGGGAUGGUUUUAGGCGGAAGAGUGAGCCUAUUCUUAGACACCUGUCUCGGCUUUCAGAAGAACGAUUUCUUAACGAAAAGGGCAGACUGCACCAGCCGUUAAUGCAGUUGACCAGGAACAUUGGUUACAAAGAUAAGUGGAUUUACAACGUUAAGGCACAGCACGAGUUCCACUGCGAUAGCAUUACUCGUAGGAAAGGCAACGCAAAGGGAGCACGCAACGGCCGAGGUACAGCUCUGCAACCAGCACAAAGUUCUUUUAAUAUGCGAUACGGUGUUUCUUCAAAGCUGCUAGCUUCUAGGAAGCCAACUUUGGAGGAUUGCAGAAUGCAUGAGCUGGAAGAGGUGUCAAAGUUAAAAGGUCAGAUUGACACAUACACCAAAAGUGUUGAAGACCUGAAACGCAAGCCAAACAGCCAGGACAUCAUGAAGAUCUUUUAAAAGUGAGUCGCAGAAUUGUAGUUACAAAACUGGAACACGUUCCACAACUUUGUACCACUCAUAGGUUGAAGAGUUCUGCAAUACAUUUAGAGUUAAACAAUAAUAUAGCUUCCCAUUGACUUAUUAUGUGUUUGAAUUCCUUCUGGUAUGUCAUUAAUAAAGAGCACACAGUUCAGAAA